UCUUCAAAACGUAUAAUCACUGUGUUGUAUUCUGAGAGUUUCAAUAAUAGAUAAAACUGAAUUAUUUUUUAGGUCAGAAUAAAACCAUGAAGGUAUUUGUACUUGCUCUAUUGGCGGUAGCCGCGACCGCUGCCCCUAUUGACAACGUUGAACCAGUGGAACUUAUUGUGAAUGGAGUACCAGAAGGCGAACCAUUGGAAAUUGGCGAUAUCGUCAGCAUUAAACUGAAGGAACAUGAAAACAACGAACUUGUGUCCUCGACUGACUUGCUUCACCCCUUGACCGCCGCCGGACUCGCUGAAGCCGCAGCACAGCAACCCGACGCCGUUCAGAUCGUCGACGGUCCUGAAACUGUCCAAAUCGUUGAGGGCCCAGAAGCUGUGGAAGUCGUCGAUGUCCCAGAACCUGUUCUAGUCGUCGAAGACGCACAGCCUUCCCCAAUUGUUCUCCCUGAACCUGCUCUUCCUGAAGUGAACCCACCUGCUCUUCCUGAAUCGAACCCACCUGCUGGGGUCGAGCAUCCAGUACUCGUGAUUCCCGACUUGGAUCUUAACCCUGUCGAUCUUGUUCCAUUGCCCAUUUCUCCCCCUGAAUCCGAGUUGGUGGUAGCACCUGUAGAAAUCCUUCCAGAGGCCGUCCCCCAGAUUCCCAAUGGUGAAAUAUUCAAUGAUGGUGUUGUUCAAGUCACAGUAAACGCUCCAGAAGAUCCCGGACUAUUCGGCACUCUCCAAUCUUGGUUCAGCAUGGCAGUCAACUACUUCAGUCCUGAUGGCGUGCAAACCACUCACCAGAUUGUCUAACCUGUAAAUUGGUUUCUUUAUUUACAUCUAUAUAUACUUUCAUUUAUUAUGUAUUGUAUAUAAACAAAACUGUGAUGGUUGAGAGUAAAUA